AUGACAGACAGCCCGGAUAAUGUCCGUCUCACUCUCCUAGAGAAAGCCGACCUGGUCCCCGGCUUUCUGUCUGUUCUGGGGAGUGCUCUGUACGGCGCAGUGACGGGGCUUUUUCGGGGGAGAACCGGCGCCAAAGAGUACGGCGUCCAUGUCGGACACGCGAUCGUGAGGAAGAUGGUGAUGCGGUUCUCGUCGCGGCAAAUGCAGGCCAUAGCAUUGCCCACCAGCAAAGCAUACGACGACAGCAUGAGCAAGCAGGGUCUCCGACCACAGACCGUGACGCUCGACCACGGCGCGCGCGGCCACUGGAUCGGAAACCCGAAUGCGAAGAAUGUAGUCAUCUAUUACCACGGCGGCGGCUUCGCACUCGCCGGCACCCCCGCGCACUUCGACCUCUUCACCCAGCUCAUCGCAGACCUCAACGCCAACGGCCACGAUGUAGCCUUCUUCUUCCUCGCAUACACGCUCACCCCCCACGCAGUAUACCCCACGCAGCUGCAGCAAGCCAUCGCAGCCCUGCGAUACAUCCUCACGCAAACCCACCGCUCCCCGUCGAACGUGAUCAUCGGCGGCGACUCCGCAGGCGGGAACCUUGCCCUCGCAACGCUGCUGCACCUGCUCCACCCGCAUCCCGAGAUCAAACCCCUUGAGCUCUCGGCCCCGCUGGCGGGGGUCUUCGGGUUCGCGCCGUGGGUCAGCUUCGCCGCCGACGGGGCCUCGACGGAAUUCAACAGGUACAAGGACCUGAUCCCCAAGGAGGCGCUGACGAUGUGGGCGUCGGCGUAUCUGGGCGGGAACCUGAAGCUGAGCGAUGCGUGGAGCGAGCCGGCGCUGGCGCCUGUGGAGUGGUGGGCGGGUGCUGCGGAGAAGACGGCGCGGGUGCUUAUCCUGGCGGGACGGGAUGAGCUUCUGUUUUCGAUGAUUGAUGAGUUUGUGGCGCGGUUCAAGACGGUGGUGCCGGAAACUACCUAUGUCGUGGGAUAUGGCGAGACGCAUGUUGAUGCCGUCUACAGUAGCUCGCUGAAGAGCACGGAGAGCCAGCAGGGGAAAGAGUUGAAGAGAUGGUUGAGUGCUCGUUUAUAA